AUGCUACUGUUCCUCUUCCCUAACCUUGCUGCCUUUCCCACUGUCUCUGACCUCAUUACGCACCUCCGCACAAUUGAAACUCGCUACCGCGCUGCGCUUCCUGCUAAGUUCUGCACCAAGAACCCCCCCCCCCCCCCCCCCCCCAUGUACAUCACCCUCUACUACAUAGUCACCCGGCUCCCUGACUCUCUCCGUGUAGUCAAGGACCACUUCCUCUCAGUUUGCCCCACCAGUCUCACCGUUGACCUCCUCGAGAAGGCCCUCCUACCGAUAGAGAAGAGAAUAGUCCUUGUAGGAGCCUCUCGUGGUGAACCUCGCACCCCCGUCUUUGAGGGGUGUUCUCCCUCCCCCCUCUUGCCCUCUGUUGCCUGUGCUGCUGCGACCGACCUCGUUGGUUUCGAGUCGGUCGUCGCUGCAUCUGCCCCGAGCGGGAGACGCCGCACCGGCAAGGGAAAGGGGGGGCUUGAGGGGGCGGUAGAGGUGGUGGUGGAGGUAGUGGAGGGAGUGGGGGUGGUGAUGGGAGUGGUACCGGGGGUGGCGGCGGCGGCAGCAGCGAUGGAGGCGGUGGAGGUGGCGGAGGGAGCGGAGGCGGUGGAGGUAGUGGAGGAGGCAGAGGUGGAGGAGGCGGCGGAGGCGGCGGCGGCAGCGGAGGCGGCGGCGGCAGCGGAGGCGGCGGUGGUGGAACGGGUCGCGACUCUGCUCAGAGGAGUGGCGCCGGUGGUGCGCGGUGGGGGUUUUGGUCCCUACGCUUACCUCCUCCGUACCGGCGACCGCACUGGUGAGCAGUGCGGAGGCCCGCAGUCCACCCAGCGCUGCUUUGGUCGCCUGACAGACGCGUGGCGUUGCCAGUUCCCUGAGGCGUCAGAGAUCCCUCGCUGGGGAGAUCUGACUAAGGCCGAGGUUGCUAUCUUUGAUCUUGACUUUGAUGCUAUUCUUGCUGCUAUGUAUGCUGUUGAUACUAGUGUUGAGGCUCAGGCCUUUCACACCUUCACCCUGGACUCGGGUGCGUCCCGCUCCUUCUUUCGAGACCGCACCACUCUUACGCCGCUUAGUCGGCCGGUUGCAGUCUCCCUUCUAGACCCCUCUGGGGGUCUUAUCCUUGCUAGCUUCUCCACUUACCUACCAUGCCCGGCAGCCCCCUCUGGCAUCCUGUCUGGUCUCUACCUCCCCUCGUUCUCCACGAACUUGGUGAGUGGAGCGGACCUUCAUGAUAGGGAGGUUGACCAGUUCACUCCUGCGAGUCAGCGAUUGACCCACUGCACGUGUGCUCGGACAGGCCGACACUUGGCCACGUGCACCCGUCCGCCAGGGUCGAGCCUGUACACCCUUACUUCUAAGUCUCCUUCUACUGCAGAGUCUGCCCAGGUAGCUGCGUUGAGUGCGGUGUUUGCUGCGGUGUCCAGCCCGCGUUAG